AUGUUGCGCAAAUUAUAUGAUGAAGAACAAAUAGAGGAAGAUAAAUUUGAAGAAGAGGAGAAAGAAGAUUUCGUUCCCAUCUACGACGCCGAUGGGGAAAGGGAAUUUUGUGAAAGAAUAAAUUUCUUGGUUGAAGAGGAAUUUAUUGAAGAAAUUGAAGAAGAAACUAAUUUCAUGAUCGGAGAUGAAUUUGUUGAAACAAUUGUGGAAGAAAUCAAUUUUGCUGAUAUGGGCAAAAUUGUUGAGGAAAUUGUGAUUUUUGUUGAACAACAAAUUUCAUUCCAAGAGCUUACAACCAUGAGAACAAAUGACUAUAAGUGCCAUAAAAAUUCAGGUUCUCAUAUCUUUUAUGAAUAUAAUUUCUUUUCUAAAGAUCUUAAAGAAAUCCAAAUUGGAAGCUUCAUUGAUCAAGAAGGCUUUGGUGAGAGGAGGAAGCAUGGUGAGAUGUUGGAUUUUACUAACUAUGAUCUUAAUAAUGAUGUUUUUGUUUUGUCUUUGUUCAUUGAUCAAAAGGAGAAAAAAGACUUGCUUAUUACUUUUGAUAAAAAGUUUUGUGCAAUUAGAGAUGGAGACUUUUCAUUUGUGGCUCAAAAACAACAAGAUCAAUUAUUUUUGGAUGAUGGUAGAAUUUUGUACCCUCCAAAAGACGAUAUGAUGAUUUCCAAAAAAAUAUGUGUUCAUGGUGGUAGUAAUCAGUCACCAAAAGAGGCAUUGAGUGGCAAUUCUUAUGCCAAUUUUCUAUGUUGUCCACAAACAAAACAUAUUUUCAUUAAUUCUUCAUUCAUUUUUCAAAAACACCAAGACCGAUGGCAUGAAGUUUGUUGGGAACGAAAGAAGAAGGAUGGGUCGAGUUCAUGGGAAUGUACGAAAGUGGCUUUUCAUCCACAAAUGGAAGAUACGGUUAGGAUUGAAUAUGGAGAGUUAUUUGAGUUGUUUGAAGAAGAACAUGUGUAUGUGGAGAAAAGACCAAGUUGGAGUAAAGAAAAGGUCACAUUAUGCAAUAAAAAAUUGUUUUCAAGACUCAAUGUCAUGGAAGGUUCGUAUGAGGGAACAACACAAUUUGGUUCUUACUGA